AUGGGUAUGAAUUUUACGCAAGCCACCUGGUUCUGCUUGGAUGUCAUUAUACUAGGAAAUUCGGGAGUGGGGAAGACGUCACUCAUGAAUCAGUUCGUGAAUAAGAAGUUCAGCAGCCAGUACAAAGCAACGAUUGGGGCAGAUUUUCUGACCAAAGAAGUCAUCGUCGAUGACCGUGUGGUGACUCUUCAGAUCUGGGACACCGCCGGACAAGAACGGUUCCAAUCACUGGGUGUAGCGUUUUACAGAGGGGCUGAUUGCUGUGUGUUGUGUUACGACGUGACUGUCAACAAAACAUUUGAGGCCCUGGGCAGCUGGCGGGACGAGUUUCUGAUCCAAGCAAGUCCCAGAGAUCCGGAUAACUUCCCGUUUGUUUGUUUGGGUAACAAAGUGGACCUCGACCAGCGACAGGUUCUGGCGCAGGAUGCGCAGGAGUGGUGCGAAUCUAAAAAUAGCAUUUCACACUUCGAAACGUCAGCGAAAGAAGCCAUCAACGUCGAAAAGGCUUUCCUCGAAAUUUCGCGUGCUGCGCUGCGACAAGAAGCAGAAGACCAAGCAUAUACCAAUGACUACUCGGACACAAUCAAAAUUAACUCCAACCAGAGUCAACCUCAGCAGGCCGACAGCUGUCAGUGCUAA